CGAGUCACCCAAAUGGAUCUCUCCGCCACCCCGACUAGAUCCAAUUCCAAGACCAAAUUCUCUCCAUCGAAGACCACCGCCGCCUCCGCCGCCGCCCAGAUGGAGUUCUCCACCCCGUCCAAGCCUACGCCCAGGCGGAGGUCCAAAUCCAUGGCCUCGCCGCCGCCGAUGUCUCCGGCGACGCCCUCCACCGUCCGCAGAUCCCGCCGCCUCCUGGAGACCCCCACCAAGGACCUCCCGGAGACCCCCGCCAAGGACCUCGCGGCGACCCCGGUGAAGCCCAAGCCCACGCCCACCCUCAAGCGGAAGCGGGCCGCGCCGUCGCCCAAAACCCCGAGCCAGGCCGAGCCCAAGCGGCAGAGGCGGCUGCCGAAGCAGAGGGCGUACUACCGCAAGGUGGUGUACGACGGCGGGGAGUUCGCCGUCGGAGACGACGUGUACCUGAAGCGCCAGGAGGGGGCGGAGUCGGAUGUGGAGGACCCAGAGCAGGAGGAGUGCCGCGUGUGCUUCCGCACCAGCGGCGGGGUCAUGGUGGAGUGCGACGCGUGCCUCGGCGGGUUCCAUCUGAGGUGCGUGCGCCCGCCCCUGCGGCGUGUGCCCGAGGGGGAUUGGGCGUGCCCAUACUGUGAAGCCGAGCGUGCGGGGAGGGCGAUUGACAGACCCAAGCCGCCCGCUGGGAAGAGGAUCAGGAGGACAGCCAAAGAGAAGCUUCUCUCCAGCGAUUUAUGGGCUGCACGCAUUGAGAGUUUACGGAGGGAGCCAGAUGGAGCAUUCUGGGCAAAGGUGAGGUGGUACAUUAUUCCUGAAGAGACCGCAGCAGGAAGGCAGCCACAUAAUUUGCGGAGAGAGCUCUAUCGUAGUAAUGAUAUUGGAGACAUUGAGAUGGAAACUAUCCUUAGACAUUGUUUUGUCAUGAGCCCCAAAGAGUUCAGGGAUGCCACUAAUGAAGGAGAUGAUGUAUUUUAUUGUGAAUAUGAGUAUGAUGUACAUUGGCAUAAUUUUAAGCGGCUGGCAGAUAUUGAUGAUGAACCUGAGACAAAAGAAGAUCCCAGCGACGAGCCUUACAAUGCUGAUAAUGAUUAUGUCAGUGAUACUGACGAAGAUUCAGAAUAUGAUGAGGAGGAUGAACCGGCCACACGUUACGUGGCCAGAAAGAACCUAUCUCAUGGAUUGGCUGCUAAUUCACGGACAGGGAGGAUAUAUGGCCUGCAAAAGAUUGGGAUCCGGAAAAUACCUGAGCAUGUUCGGUGCCAUCAAAAGACUGCUCUGGAGAAGGCGAAAGCUACGCUGUUAUUGGCUACUCUUCCCAAGUCAUUGCCUUGCAGGGAUAAAGAAAUGGAGGAGAUAUCUACAUUUGUGAAGGAUGCAAUUUGCAAUGACCAAUGUCUAGGACGCUGCCUGUACAUUCAUGGUGUGCCUGGUACUGGCAAGACUAUGAGUGUACUUGCAGUCAUGAGGAGGUUGAGAUCUGAAUUUGAUUCUGGAGCUCUGAGGCCUUAUUGUUUUAUAGAAAUCAAUGGUCUCAAAUUAGCUUCUCCAGAGAAUAUCUACAAGGUUAUAUAUGAACAGUUGAGUGGGCAUAGGGUUGGAUGGAAAAAAGCUCUUCAUUAUUUAACCGAGCACUUUUCAGAUGGCAUUAAAAUCGGAAAGCAAGCAAACCAACCAAUUGUUUUGCUCAUUGAUGAGCUUGAUCUUCUUUUGACAAGAAAUCAGUCGGUGCUGUAUAACAUCCUUGAUUGGCCCACCAAGCCAAAUUCAAACCUAGUUAUUAUAGGUAUAGCAAACACAAUGGAUCUUCCAGAAAAGCUAUUUCCUCGCAUCUCAAGUAGGAUGGGUAUUCAAAGGCUGUGUUUUGGCCCUUAUAAUUAUCGUCAACUGCAAGAAAUCAUAACAAGCCGUCUUAAGGGUAUCGAUGCCUUUGAAGAUCAAGCUAUUGAAUUUGCUUCUAGAAAGGUAGCUGCUAUGUCUGGCGAUGCUAGGCGUGCCUUAGAAAUUUGUAGACGCGCUGCAGAGUUUGCAGAUUACCGUGUUAAACAACUACAACAAGUUGGACAGACUCCAUCUCCAGGAGGAAAUGGUGCUGUUUGCAUGGGUGAUAUAGAAGACGCGAUUCAAGAAGUUUUUCAGGCACCACAUAUUCAAGUAAUGAAGAACUGCCCAAAAUUUGGAAAAAUUAUAUUGGCUGCUAUGGUUCACGAAUUAUACAGAAGUGGCCUAGGCGAAGUAUUAUUUGAUAAGCUAGCAUCGACUGUUUUCUCUUGGUGCCACGCCAAUAGAGAACUAUUGCCUGGAUAUGACACUCUCCUGAAAAUCUGUUGCAAGCUUGGUGAGAGCAAGAUAGUUCUCUGUGAGGAAGGCACUAAGCAUAAGUUGCAGAAGCUGCAGCUCAACUACCCAAGCGACGAUGUGACCUUUGCACUCAAGGAGUCCCCAGAUCUUCCUUGGUUGUCUAAGUACCUGUAAAUCUCAUAUCUAUAGUGGCCAUUUUUCCCAGCCUUGCAUUUCUUGUUCUCUUGGGGAGCAACAGCCCUGUGUACUUCUAUAAAACUUGGAACAUACUCAAAAUCCCGUGGUUGAUCUGUGGAGCCAAUUGCUGCACCAAAGGCAUCUCAGUCGCUAUCUAAAUUAAGAAGCUCUGCCACAUUCUGCACGAAAUGCUUCUCAGUUGCGGCCAUGGGUUGUAAGAUGCGAGGGAACUUGCAUUUGUGGAACUUGUGUGGAAGCAUGUUGUUUAACGUUGUUGUAGUGAACUGCCUCAUGUGAGCUAGUUCUACUCUCACUUGUAACAUGACUAUCUAUAACAUUAAAUUGUUUAUUUGU